AUGGAAAAGGGUGAGUUGUUGGCCAAGCAACUCAGUGCCAAUGUCACAAACCUCUCUGACCGAGAGAUGGCGAAGCGCAUUUACCACCUCUACUUGCCGUGGUACUUCUGGAUGCGACACCAAAUGAUUGAAAUCCGGAGAAAGACCACGGCCAAUGAGUCGCUGUCGCUGCUGUUCCAUGCUGAUGGGCUUAGCUUUCAAGCAAUCUCCAUCGACGAUUUUUACUUACCUGCAAGCUGGCAGGAGGAGGUGGCGCAGGUCUACUCCGAGAACGAAUUGUUGGAGCUGCGCGGCAACCCGGGCACCCACGACGUGCACCUGGGCGAAGAGACCUUGAAAGCGCUGAAGCGCGUGGAGCAAGGUGAGGUGUGCAUUCCACGUUUCGACAAAUCUGCAUUGAAUGGAAAGGGCGAUCAGUUGCCACGAAACCGCUGGGACCGCGUCCAGACACCAUGCGAUGUUGUGGUGGUGGAAGGUUGGAUGGUGGGCUUCAGCGCUUGUGAUGGCCAGGAUGUAGCCAAGAUCCAUCCAGGGCUGCGCCUGGUGAACGAAAAGCUGAAGAAGUACCAGGCUUGGAAUGACCUGAUCGAUUGUUUUUGCGUCUUCGCCAUGGACGAGAUUGACCAAGUGUACACCUGGAGACUACAGGCAGAGGAAGCCAUGAAGCGAUCUGGACGUGGUGGCAUGUCCUCUGAGGAAGUGAAGCGCUUCGUGAACCGUUUCAUGCCUGCUUACUUGGCAUAUCGACCACAGCUCUAUGCUGCAGCAGCUGAAGGAAGUGUCAGUGGCAAGACAGCAUUGCUUUGCAAGAUUGGUCGUGAUCGCAGCGUGCUAUGA